AUGCUUUUAGACUUGAAGUUCCCAGCAUGUUGCCUCUGCCCAACCAGAGGAGCCCGUCCCUCAGUCCGACGCACCUCCAUUGCACCCGUUUCGUUGGCAUCGCACCCGUUCCGAGGCCAUUCCGGCGGAGAACAAAGAGACCUGCGCGAAUCACUCGCCAGCACUGAUCGUGCCCGAUCACCGGAAGCACGCCUGGUGCGGGCAGUCAGUGGUGAGAGCCGGCCAGAUGAGCAGGCAGCCAGCUACAUGGAGAUUGCUGUGUGGUGCCUCACAGGCAUGAGCGGAUGGUGGAGUCUGAAUAUCAUCACCGCUGAGCUUCCGUUCUUCGUGGCCGAGCUGCCGGCGGGCAAACGACUGGGAAACCUGAUAGCUGUUUGCACUCAAAUCGGAAACAUAGCGCCAAUUAUUUACAAAGCCGCGACCAGAAGAAGACCGGGCAACCUUGUCGUUGCAAUCGGCUGCUUCCAGGUUGUGGCUGUGUUGUCCUUGCUUGCAAGCAUGCUGCUAUGGCAUUCCACACCUGUCCUUCUUGUUUGCACCGUCCUCGCUGGAAGCGUAGGCUGCAUGAGCAGCGUCACCUAUUGGGCAGCUGUUGCUCAGCGGCCCGCCAGUUGCGUGCGGGCAAUGAGUGUCGGCAUGACAUUAGGCGGUCUAUUGGCUACAGGCUUCGCAGCCACGCAGCUGGGAGGUUGUGAACAAGGAGAUCCAAGAUUUUCUCCAGAGAUAUUUUUUCUUUUAGCUGCCGCGACGCAAGCUGGUCAGGGUGCCAUGUUUGUGUGGCGCAGCUGUAGCACCUUUGGCCAGAAUGGAGUUGCUGCUCCUCAGACGGCAGGCACAGGUGAUGAGCAGGCAUGUGCCUCCGAGAAAGGCCCAAUGCCUCGGGUCGCGAAAGUCCUAAUGGCUGGGUGCUUUGUGGUCUAUGCCACCACUUACACCAUGCCCACCUUGAUGCCCUUCAUGGCUGGGCACUUCACCAACAGCACAGAGAGUCAACAGCUAUUGCUUUGGAUGCAGGUCCUGCAGAACGCAGGAGAUGUUCUGGGCCGCUUGGCCACGGCCCUGGUGCGAGAAAACAGGCUAGUACUCACGAUCUGGAUGGUGUUGCUUGUAGCAUCAUUCCUAGUGUCAGUGCUGACAUCGGUGCAAGAUGUCUCUAAAUGGUUUCAAUAUCAGUUUGCCAUUCUUGCAAUGCCCCUGACCUGCGGCCUUUUCUAUUUCUCGCGUGGCUUGCUAGUGACCACCUUCUAUCUCUAUGCGCGAGGCAUAGGGCCAAAGGAACAGGUUCAAGAGAUUACAGAGAAUAUGGGAUUUUGUGGUCAAAUGGGCGCUCUCAUCGCCAACUUUGCUGCCUUCGUCGCUUGCCCGCAAGUUGCUUGCCCAUGCCAUGGCUUUGCAAGGCCUCCAAGCCCCUAUAGAAGAUGUCACUCAAUCCAUCUCAAUCCCCAAGAUGGAGCUGACCCUCAAAGUAGAACUCAUAUCAGUCAUAAUUGA